GAUAGCGAUUAUGGCUUUCGCUGUAUCAGUGUGGUCAUUGGGAUACGUCGGCAGGGAUAAUAUGCAAUUAUGAGUGGGAUGUCGUUUUUCAGCACCUAGUAUCAACAUCCUUGCAAUGAAUAAGCCGCCUGGUGGCGCCCCGAUGGGCGGAGGAGGCGGCAAACAGGGUUCUGGCCCUUCCCAGCAGCACCACCAUGGAGCUAUCAACCUGACCAAGUCAGAGGAGUCGGCCCCGCCGGCCACCACGGCGUGGCUGACCUCCAGCAGCUGGUCAGCCGCCAGCAGCAGCGGCACUAGCAGCAGCAGCAGCACGGCCGGCGGCGGGGCCGGUGUGUCUCUGACCACCGCCGCGCCGCGGCCGUCGCCCGUGCGCGCCUCCACACACAACCUGGUGGCGCUGUCGCAGCCGACGGGCGCCGGCCAGAAGCCAGAGGCGGUGGCCGUGCUGGGCCACCAGGGCCUGCUGACGGUAUCACGCUCAGCAGUCGGCGUACAGGGCAGCGGCGGCACCAUCGCGCUAAUGACCCCCGUCAUGUCACGAGCCGGAUCCACGCAGAGUGGCACCCACCUGCAGCCCACCGCCUACCAUCUGGCCAGAGGCACCGGCUCGGCCGGGUCCUCUCCGCGGGUGAUUGGCCCCCAGGCGGUGCGGGUCGGACACCUGCCCAUCUCGAGUAUAGUCGGCACCGGCGCCCACUCAGUCAGUUACCAGGUGAGCCACCGGGCGAUGACCCCGACCUCUCUCCCCGCCGGUCUGGUCGUACCGGUGACCUCCAUCGGCGGCGCGCAGCCCGUGCUGCUGCGAGCCGCACCCGCCGCGCCCAGCCAAGCGGGCGGUGCAACCAAGACGGCUGCCAAGGCCGCCAAGCUGUCCACUGUGACCAUGUCGGCCGGGGGAGCGGUCAGGGCAGCCGGCCCGGCGCGGGUCACCGUCGGACACACAGGGAGCGGCGCUCGCACCGUGUCGCCCCAGGCGCGGCUGGUCAGCCCGUCCGGCGGUGCGGCGCCCCGUCCCCUACACAUCACCCACAUUGCCGCUGAGAAGGUGCCCCGCGCGCUGGCUGGCGCCGCCACCACCCUGCGGCAGAGCGGCCCGAUCACAUACUCAAUGCUGCCGGCCGGCCGCGGGCAGCAGCAGGUCAUCAGGGGACCGGUCCACCUCUCGGUGCCAGCGCCGCCCGGCGGCUUCUCUGUCAGUGCUAGUUCGUCUGGGGACCGCGGGGAGGCGCUGCCUCUGACGGUGAAUGCCGGUCCCGCACCGAGCGGUGCUGCUACAAAGGCCGGCGGCGGACAUCAGAUCACCAUGACGGUGCCCUGGCCGGCCCCCGGACAGCAGGGAGCCAAGGUGAUCACGCAGCCGGCGCACGGGCCGCCGCUGCAGCUGUCCCAGUUUGUGCCGACCCAGGGCGGCCAGGUGCGGGCGGCCACCUCCCAGUCCACCGCGGCGUCCGCGGCGCCGGCCGCCUCGUCUGCCGGGGCUCCUGCUGUCGCCGCCGCCGCCGUCGUGCAGACCUCGUCCACUGCCAUCCCAGUGGCCAAGGUUUUGCCCCAGCAGCAGCAUCAGCAGCAGCAGCCACCGGCUCAGCCGCAGCACCCUCACCAGCAGCAGCAUCAACAGCAGCAACAGCACCCUCAGCAGCAACAGCAGCAGCAUCCUCAGCAGCAGCAUGCUCAGCACCAGCCGCACCCGCAGCCUGCGCACCACCCGCCGCAGCACCAGCAGCACCACCCUCAACAUCCAGCGCAGCACCACCCGCAGCACGCAGCACAGCAUCCAGCUCAGCACACAGCACAGCACCCAGCACAGCACCAGCCCCAGCACACGGCACAUCAGCCUCAACACCCAACGCAGCACCCGCCUCAGCACCAAGCCCAGCACCCAUCCCACCAGACCCAGCACCCCUCCCAGCAUCCACCACAGCAUCCGUCCCAGCACCCACCACAACAUCCGUCCCAGCACCCACCGCAGCAUCCUUCCCAGCACCCAUCCCAGCACCCUUCCCCUCACCAUCCUCAACACCCUCCUCAGCACCAGCCUCAGCACCAGCAUCAGCACCAGCCUCAGCACCAGCCGCAGCACUUGCAGGCUCACCACCCACAGCACCCACAGCAGCAGCAGCAGCAGCAGCCAGCGACCAGCCGCGAUCAGACCCUCCAACCGCAACAGCUGCGCCAUCCAGGGGAGCCUCCGGCGGCCGUGCUCCGCGCCACGGCCGCCCAAUACGGCGUGCCGGCCGGCGUGGUGUUCGAGCACGCCGGCUACGCCGCUGUACGGCAGCCCACGCCAGGGCCGAGUGGCGCCGGCCGGCUGGUCAGGGGCCUGGAGGGACGUCUGCAGCCGCACGCUACUCCUCAGUCACCGCAGGCCGCCAAAAUGACCUCACCUCGGCCGAGCAUCCUGAGAAAACCGCCCAGUGAAAUGACCCCCGGAGGCCGGGCGGUGCGGAACCUCAGUCACCAGCUGUCGGUGGCAGUGGCCAGCACCAGCGGCACUAGCGGCACCAGUGGCACCAGUGUGCCGGGUCCCAGCGGCGCCGGUCCCUCCGGCUCCGGCGGCGGUGGGGGUGGGGGCGGCGGGGGCUCGCCGCCCUCCUCUCCUCCCCGUCGGCCCGACUCGUCGGGCCACUCGUCCAGUACUAUAUCGGCCUCGUCCUCUCCGGGAGAGCCGGCCGGCCAGGAGGGCGCCGACGAGCCCACGCCGUCCACCUCUACCGGAGCCGGAGCUACCAGCGGUGCCGGAGCCGGAGCCGGAGCGGCGGCUGGAGCCAGCGGGCCGGUCCCCGGCACGGCCACGCCGCCCCUCGGACUCAGCCCCAGGAAAAAGCCGCGCAAACAGAACCUGGCGUCCACGGCGUCGGCGGCGCCGGCGGCCUCGUUCCCUGCCGUACCGUUCAGCCGUCCGCGGCCGGCGCGGCCGGGCAGCGACGACGAAAUGAACUUCCUCCGGGAGCACAUGCGCACACCGGCGUCAUCGUCGGCAGCGUCGACGGCGGCGGCGGCGGCACCGCGACCCUCCGAGCCGGCGCCGCCGCCCCCGAAGCGGCCGGCGAUGUCGCUCCUCAACUCGUACGGCCCCCGCACUUGGAAGCCGGCCUCGAGCCAUUUCGUCAAGUAUACCGAUGUACGGGGACGCGAUGAGCGAAGACCGACCAUCGCCGACCUGGCCAGUCAGAAGCACAUCUCGCAGAAGGUCAACGGAUGGAAGAUCCACCAUAUUUCGGGUCAGCUGGACGAGCUGGCAGAGGUGGAGCGUACUGUCCACCGGCGCCUCACAGAGAUGCUGCGUGCCUCCGAACGCAUGUCGUUCUCGCGGCGAGAGGACAAAGAGAUCACCAAGCUGAACGAGCUCAUCAAGGGUAACGUGCAGCGGAGCAAGAUCCUGCGCGACCAGCUGAGCGAGGCCAAGGUGCAGAUCACCUCCGUGUUCGAGCACAAGGAGGCCAUCGAGCAGGCCAUCGAGAGGUACGGACGAAAGCGACCCACGCGAAAACGCGACCGGCGCUGAGACGCGAUCCCGGGACGGAGAGGAGCAGCAGGAUGUAGCGUAGAGAUUUAGCACGAAGCAGCAGAGUCGUGUUCAGGCUCGGAGGAGUCACUUGGCGGUGUUCUCGAGAUCUCUGGCGAGGUGUGUGUCAUGGCUUGUCGGCUCCGAUAAUCAAUAGCGUUCAUACAGCGGGGUUGUGGAAGAUUCGUUCUGAAGACAAGGACCUCAUCCACGCAGGGCAGCCUCGGUGGACCGUGAAAAAUCGAAAGGAGUCACAGUUGUUUUAUGGCGUCGAACGCCGCUUUCCCACUGCGCGGAUUUUAAUUUCAGUUUUGGUAGAUGUAGACAUUCGAAGGGAAUCCCUCUGCGUCUAGCGUUGCCGGUCUAUGGCAACACAUUGUACAAACGUGCCGUUUCCCGAUCACCGUUGCUGGAGCGGCAGGAGCGUAGUCUUAGCGAUCCGGGGCCGUCCGUCCCCCGUCGUCGGCAGUUAGCGGCGACUCGGACCUCGCCUGGGAGCGGUCCCGCGACCAAUCGGGACUCCGUGUGUGUCUUUGGGUUAUGUGGUCAAAGUUAGCGAUGAGCUGUUCAUUUUGCCGACGAUGAAGUGCGGAAAUUCGGCGGUCGAGUGAGAAGCGUCGCGCCGGCGCGAUGAUUGCCGACGUGGUUUUGUUCGUGUCCCGCGGAAGUCGCCGGUGGAAAUUCGUUUCGCGUUCAUCGGCGUCGAUCUGAGCGGACCAGUGGUUUGUGUAUGAAGUGGUUUUAGAGAUAGAGAACUCUUAUUCGACGUGCGAUGGAGAUUGAGAGUUUGCCUCUGCUGGGUUAGACUGCAGAUGAACCGAGCGUCUCUUGCUUCUGGAAGAGUGGGGUCCGUUGCAGGUAGUCAAAAGGGGAGAGAUAGAGUGCACGUGAACGAAAGGAUGAACUUGUGCGCGGAAAAGAACGCGUUCAUGGACAUCUUAGAGCAACAACUUCUCAGUUCGGAGUUCAGCUUGACCCUCUCGAAAGGGUUGCUUUUGUAAUAAACACGUUCUUUGUG